GAGAUCUGCAAUAGAUAAACACAGGCUCACACACACACCGGCUGGAUUACACGCAGACACACACCACAAGCACAGAGAGACAGACGCUGUAGAAUUGGGGAAUUGUGUCUCUGGUUUCUCUAAAAUCCUCUUUUAAUGGGCUUACUGUCAUAUCGUUUCAGUGGAAUACAGCCACCGAGAGAGCGAGAAGCAGGUGUGCCCUUUAAGAGGGAGAGCAGCUGAGGCAAGGACGGCAUCCGAGUCUCCAUCCUCUGUGGAGGUUUUGCAGUUCUGACGAGUGCAAGAAAGAGAGGGGGGUGAGCCAAAGCUCUCCGGUUUUCUGUUCUUGUUCUGCCACCUGGAAAAAGGCUGCAAUGGUUGGCAGUAUUCAAAGGCCUAAACCUGUCUGAGUGAGCCUUAUGAACAGCAGAACCAAUGGACAUCAAAGGCCAGUGUUGGACAGACGAGGAGUCGGACGGGGAGAACGAAUCAGAACAGUUCCUGUAUGGCAUUCAGGGGAGCUGUGCUGCUGACCUGUACCGCCACCCUCAACUGGAUGCAGAUAUUGAGGCAGUAAAAGACAUCUACACUGACAGUGCUGUCUCUGUUAGGGAGUAUGGAACCAUUGAUGACGUGGACAUCGAUCUUCACAUUAAUAUCAGUUUCUUAGAUGAGGAGGUUGCGACAGCUUGGAAAGUUAUCAGAACAGAGCCCAUUAUUCUGAGACUGCGCUUUUCUCUUUCUCAGUACCUCGAUGGACCUGAGCCAUCAGUGGAAGUGUUCCAGCCCUCCAAUAAAGAAGGCUUCAGCUUGGGCCUGCAGCUCAAAAAGAUCCUGAGUACAUUCACCUCACAGCAGUGGAAGCACCUCAGUAAUGAGUUCCUCAAGGCCCAGCAGGAGAAGAGGCACAGCUGGUUCAAAGCCGGAGGAACCAUCAAGAAGUUCCGCGCCGGGCUCAGCAUCUUCUCCCCCAUACCCAAGUCUCCGAGUUUUCCUCUGAUCCAAGACACAGUUUUAAAAGGGAAGCUGAGCGUCCCUGAGCUGAGAGUGACCCGUCUGAUGAACCGCUCUAUCUCGUGUACCAUGAAGAAUCCCAAAGGGGAGCUUUUCAGCUAUCCACCAAACAGCCAGACUGUGGCUGUCCCGGCGGCCAGGGCCCCUGCGCAGAUUACCACGAGGCAGCUGAUUGAAUUGUUUUUCUCAUCCCAGGCGGGCGGCCACUGCAAGAACAUCCCUACCUUGGAGUAUGGCUUCUUAGUGCAGAUAAUGAAGUACUCAGAGCAGAGGAUCCCCACGCUCAACGAGUACUGCGUGGUGUGUGAUGAACAGCACGUCUUUCAGAAUGGAUCCAUGCUGAAGCCGGCUGUGUGCACCAGGGAGCUGUGUGUCUUCUCCUUCUACACUCUGGGUGUAAUGUCCGGAGCUGCAGAGGAAGUGGCCACUGGAGCAGAGGUGGUGGACCUACUUGUGGCUAUGUGUAGAGCUGCUCUUGAGUCGCCCCGUAAGAGCAUCAUCUUUGAGCCCUACCCAUCAGUCGUUGACCCCAAUGACCCUAAAACUCUGGCCUUCAACCCAAAGAAGAAGAAUUAUGAGAGACUGCAGAAAGCAUUGGACAGCGUCAUGUCCAUUCGGGAAAUGACCCAGGGCUCAUAUCUAGAGAUCAAGAAACAGAUGGACAAGCUUGACCCUUUGGCCCAUCCUCUGCUACAAUGGAUUAUUUCCAGUAACAGGUCUCAUAUCGUCAAGCUGCCUUUGAGUAGGCAACUGAAAUUCAUGCACACCUCCCACCAGUUCCUGCUGCUCAGCAGCCCCCCGGCCAAGGAGGCUCGUUUUCGCACUGCCAAGAAGCUAUAUGGCAGCACCUUCGCCUUCCAUGGUUCCCAUAUAGAGAACUGGCACUCUGUUCUGAGAAAUGGACUAGUCAAUGCCUCUUAUACCAAACUGCAGCUGCAUGGGGCAGCAUAUGGAAAGGGCAUCUAUCUGAGCCCCAUCUCCAGCAUAUCUUUUGGAUACUCAGGAAUGGGGAAAGGACAGCACCGCAUGCCCACCAAAGAUGAGCUGGUGCAGCGUUACAACCGCAUGAACACCAUACCACAGAGCCGUCCGAUACAAUCAAGGUUUCUUCAGAGUCGAAAUCUGAACUGCAUCGCUCUGUGUGAAGUUAUCACAUCUAAGGAUCUGCAGAAACAUGGUAACAUUUGGGUGUGUCCAGUAUCGGAUCACGUCUGUACUCGCUUCUUUUUUGUGUAUGAGGAUGGCCAAGUAGGAGAUGCCAACAUCAACACCCAGGAGCCUAAGGUGCAGAAGGAGAUCAUGCGUGUGAUUGGGACCCAGAUCUACUCCAGCUAAUGGCGGUUUUCCAUACGUCUCUCUGGGCGAAGGCACACAGGCAGGCAGACAGCGAAUGUUGGGGCGAGCUGACCUCAGGCCUGACACUGAAGGCUGUGGGAGCUCUUGAGCACAUUAUCUCUAAAGUUGUUUUGUUCUGGUCCUGUCAUUUUCCUCGCCCUUCUUUGUUCCUCUUCUCCAAGUGGUUACACAUGACAUGUUCAGAUUUAACCUGGUUAAAGUCAGUCUGUUUUUCUCAGUUAACAGCAGGAGAAAAAAGUGAGUAGUCACUGCUUUGGCUCUCCACACAUACACAUACUGUCCAAUCCUGGUUAGACUGGGCAUUCCCCUUUCUUAAUGCACUGACUGAUCACUGAUCCUUUGGACUCAUUAUAUCUAUUCAUCAUUUCUAUUUGCGAAAAUGUAGUUUAAAAAAAAAAAAAAAAAAAGAAUCAUUCCAAACAAAAUCCCUUUUGUGGCAAAUAAUUGAUGGAUUUACAUGCAUAGAAGUUUGUUUUCUUAUAGUGUUAUUUGACUAAUGACAUGAAUUAAGGUCUGUGACAUGGUUAUCUGAGGGGUGAGCACUACUCUGUCAUUUUGUCCUUGUUCAAUCCCAGAAUCCAUAAAGGGAGGUGUGGUUACGUACACUAUAGGCACUUUGUUUUUGAUAACAUUUUCAAAUGUAAAAAUCCAGCUGUCCAAUUUUCAUUACAGAAUCAAGACAGUUCUCAUUGGUAAUGCACCUUCAAGCCCCUCACAGUCUCCAAGUGGCAAACAAACAAGAAUUGACAGAGACAACUUUGAUCUUAACUGGACGGAUGUGACAUGGCAGGCUGAACAACAAGGGUCAUAAAGAAAAACAAAAAACCAACAGUGGAUGUAAUCUGUGGACAUGUUAUAUCUGUUGCCUAUGAUCUAUGUUCAAAAAGCUACCACAAUCUGUCACGCAUCAUCAUUUUGUUCAAGUAGUCAUCACCUUUUCUUUACGUUCAAAAUGAAUCUUUGUGUGUAUGGACUAUACUUCCCAUUGGAGUCGCAACUUCCAAAAGCCACUGUACAGAAUCAUGGACAAUUUUACCCAACAAUCUACUGGCAGUCUCCAGUCCAGGUGAGCUCCCGGUGGACACUGGAUGUUACAGAUCGGCAUUUGUGUGCAACUCUAUUGUUUCUCCUUGGAGAAUGGCAACCUUGUAUAGCUAAUCAAGUUUAUCAGUUAGUCAUGUACUGUAUGUAUGUAUGUGUGGGUUUGUAUUUUCUUGACAUUAUACUAGACAUUGCACUUAUUCAACGUUUGCCUAAACUGGAAGAAUGGACUGUCCUCAGACCUGCAGUAGAUGUUUAGUGGAAGAAAAGUGGUUAAAAAAGUAUGUAUGGACUCAGCAAGACUGUAAUAUCCAACAUCUUAACCAUGUCUGUACUGAGAUGGGCUUUCGGUAUCUCUUGGAACUAAAGAUUCUGACCACUGGAUGGACUUCGAGGCACUGAGAGAGCAAAUUGUAUAACAGGACAUUGAACAUUGUUGCAAUGUAUUGCCCAGAAAGAAGUGGACAUGUACAGCUUACUCAUUGCAUUGCGGGACUGUGCUAAUAGCUGAUGGCUGUUUUUGCCAACAGGCUUGAGCUGCGAGUCUCUUUGAGAAUCUAUUCUCUAGCUGUCUCUAAUGAUGAGUAAUGUUUUCAAAGAUGAUGUUGACGACAAUGAUGGUGAUUAUGAUGAUGAUGAUGAAAGGCGACGAUGCAGAAAAAAAAAAAAGAAUAAAGCCUGAUUUUGCACAGUUUUACAUACAGUCUCCUAUUAUUUGAUGUCUCUGUGGAAAAUAUGUGUAACCAUUAAACGUAGAAUUAUCUUCUGUG